AUGACUUUCCUACUGUGGUUUAUGGUCAUAUGGACAGUGGGAGAUGUUUUCAGGAACUUUCACUUCAGCACUUCUGCUCAGUCGGGUGAGCGAAGGGUGGUUGCUCACCAGCCGGGAGACAUCAUCAUUGGGGCACUGUUCUCAGUCCACCACCAGCCACCUGCCGACAAGGUCCACGAGAGGAAAUGCGGCGCCAUAAGGGAGCAAUAUGGCAUCCAGAGGGUUGAAGCCAUGCUCCACACGCUCGAACGCAUCAAUGCAGACCAAAUGUUGUUACCAAACAUAACGUUAGGAUGUGAAAUUAGGGACUCUUGCUGGCACUCCGCUGUGGCUCUUGAGCAAAGCAUCGAGUUUAUAAGAGACUCCCUGAUCUCCAAUGAGGAGGAAGAGGGAAUAGUGCGUUGUGUUGAUGGAACUACCGUGCCGUUCAGAGCCAAAAAACCAAUCGUUGGGGUUAUCGGGCCUGGUUCCAGCUCUGUGGCCAUUCAAGUGCAGAACCUGCUACAACUCUUCAACAUACCUCAGAUUGCAUAUUCUGCCACAAGCAUGGACUUAAGUGAUAAAACAUUGUUUAAAUAUUUCGUAAGGGUGGUAUCAUCUGAUGCUCGUCAAGCCCGUGCCAUGGUUGACAUUGUGAAGAGAUACAACUGGACCUACAUCUCCGCUAUACACACUGAAGGUAAUUAUGGAGAAAGUGGCAUGGAAGCUUUUAAAGAGAUGGCAGCUAAAGAGGGAAUCUGCAUUGCUCACUCCUACAAAAUCUACAGCAAUGCUGGGGAGCAGAGCUUUGAUAAGCUUUUGAGGAAGCUGCGCAGUCAACUACCAAAGGCGCGAGUUGUGGCUUGCUUUUGUGAGGGCAUGACUAUAAGAGGGCUGCUGAUGUCUAUGAGGCGACUUGGAUCUAUGGGAGAGUUCCAGCUGAUUGGCAGUGAUGGCUGGGCAGAUAGGUAUGAUGUGACAGAUGGCUACCAGCGAGAAGCCACUGGAGGCAUAACAAUCAAACUCCAAUCUCCUGAUGUGACGUGGUUUGAUGAUUACUACCUUGAGCUGCGGCCAGAGUCCCACUUCAGUAAUCCCUGGUUCCCAGAGUUCUGGCAACACAGAUUUCAGUGCAGACUGGAAAAUCAACAGCAGGAAAAUCCUGAAUAUAACAGGACCUGUGAUGGAACGGAAUCAUUACAUGACCAAUAUGUCCAAGACACCAAAAUGGGAUUUGUAAUUAAUGCCAUUUAUUCAAUGGCUCACGCUUUACACAACAUGCAACAAAACCUGUGUCCUGGUGUUAAUGGGCUGUGUGAAGCCAUGAAACCAAUUGAUGGGAGAAUACUGUUGGACUUCCUCAUGAAAAUCAACUUCACCGGAGUAUCUGGAGAUAUCAUCUCUUUUGACGAGAAUGGAGAUUCACCAGGAAGGUAUGAAAUCAUGAAUUUUAAAAAGCUGGGCAAAGAAUAUUUUGAUUAUAUUAACGUUGGAAGCUGGGACAAUGGAGAGCUAAAAAUGGAUGAUGAUGAAAUCUGGUCCAGUAAAAAUCUUGUCGUCCGGUCUGUCUGCAGUGAUCCAUGUGAGAAAGGAGAAAUAAAAGUGAUCCGGAAAGGAGAGGUGAGCUGCUGCUGGACCUGUACCCCAUGUAAGGAAAAUGAGUUUGUCUUUGAUGAGUACACCUGCCAGGCUUGUACCCUAGGCUCUUGGCCAACUGACGAUCUCAGAGACUGUGAAAGGAUUCCAGUGAAAUACCUCAGGUGGGGAGAUCCUGAGCCUAUUGCUGCAGUUGUCUUUGCCUGUCUGGGUCUCCUGGCCACCAUGUUUGUAAUGUUUAUAUUUAUGGUGUACCGGGAUACUCCUGUGGUCAAGUCAUCUAGCCGGGAACUUUGCUACAUCAUUUUAGUGGGAAUCUUUCUCGGCUACCUAUGCACCUUCUCUCUCAUCGCCAAACCCCAAAAGAUUUACUGUUAUCUUCAGAGAAUCGGAAUUGGUCUGUCCCCUGCGAUGAGCUACUCCGCCCUCGUGACAAAAACCAAUCGGAUUGCAAGAAUCCUUGCUGGCAGCAAGAAGAAGAUCUGCACCAAGAAGCCCAGGUUUAUGAGUGCUUGUGCCCAGCUAGUAAUUGCCUCGAUGCUGAUAUGUAUUCAGUUAGGGAUAAUUGUUUCCCUUUUUAUAAUGGAACCACCGGAAGUCAUUUAUGAUUACCCAACUAUCCGAGACGUCAAGCUGAUAUGUAACACCACCAACAUAGCCGUGGUUGCUCCUCUUGGAUACAAUGGCCUGUUGAUUUUAAGCUGUACCUUCUAUGCUUUUAAAACUCGGAAUGUUCCUGCCAAUUUCAAUGAAGCCAAGUACAUUGCAUUUACCAUGUACACCACCUGUAUCAUAUGGCUCGCCUUUGUGCCCAUCUACUUUGGAAGCAACUAUAAGAUCAUUACCAUGUGUUUCUCUGUUAGUCUAAGUGCCACGGUGGCAUUGGGCUGUAUGUUUGUUCCAAAGGUGUAUAUCAUCUUGGCUAAACCAGAACGGAAUGUACGCAGCGCAUUUACCACAUCCACUGUUGUCCGAAUGCAUGUUGGUGAUGGGAAGUCAUCCUCUGCUGCUAGCCGUUCCAGCAGUUUGGUAAACCUAUGGAAAAGGAGGGGAUCAUCAGGGGAAACUCUAAGCUCAAAUGGAAAAUCUGUAACCUGGGCUCAAAAUGAACGCACUUCUCGAGGUCAUCAUCUGUGGAAGAGGCUUUCUGUCCACAUAAAGAAGAAGGAUAAUACCUCUAAACAAUCUGCUCUCAUUAAACCUUUUUCCAAGAGCUCUGAGAGUCGGCACAGCAGCCACAGCUAUCCAGAAGCAAAUAUCAAAGGCCUGUAUGAUGUUUCUGAGGCAGAGGAGCACUAUCCAGUCCAGUAUGUACCACAGACACCAUCACCCAUCAGUAUCGUGAGCCACAGAGCUGGAUCUGUCAGCCGAGCUGAGAAUGACAUGCCAACAUUCCAGUCUGAGCACGCCCAGAGAAGCAGCUCUUCCCAAGGUUCUUUGAUGGAGCAGAUCAGCAGUGUGGUGAACCGCUUCACAGCCAAUAUCAGUGAGCUGAAUUCCAUGAUGCUUUCAUCAGCUCCUUCAGGGGUCAUAGGGGCAUCUCCAAUCUGUUCAUCAUACCUGCUCCCUAAGGAGAUACAGCUGCCCACACCCAUCACAACAUUUGCAGAUAUCCAGCCUCUUCCAGCUAUUGAGGUAAAUGGACGAUCACAGUCUGCAAGUGGUGUUUCAAACACAAGCGUCAAAGAUGGCACUUCGGAGACUUCAGUGGUUAAAACAGACUUUGAGGAGCUUGUAGCUCUUACUCCUCCCUCACCUUUCAGAGACUCUGUCGAUUCAGGGAGUGGUUCACCGAACUCUCCUGUGUCAGAAUCAGCACUUUGCAUCCCUUCAUCCCCUAGAUAUGACACUCUUGUUCUGCGUGACUAUACUCAAAGCUCUUCAUCUCUGUGA